UUGUCGCCGAAUAUCAAACAAACACGGUCCUCGCCUCCUUCCCCGCUUCGUCGCCGUGGGUCUCUCGUUCGGAGGGUUCGCCUGUUUUUUUUUUCCUCCGGGAGGCUGAAUGGAAGCAGCAGCCGAGGGAGCGGUCGGGCUGUCGGAGGCCAGGGAAGGGAGCCCGCUAUCCGGGGCCGCAGCAUCCGAUGAUGCGGACACGGUCGUGGGAGUUAGCUACGGGAUGGACGCCGCAGACAUGGACGCUGCUGCUAAGAAAGCCUUCAUCACAGAGAUGCCCUCAUCCUCAGGCCAGCCUGGCCAGGGAAAGAAGAUUGGCCACAGAGGGGUGGAUGCAUCAGGGGAAACUACUUACAAGAAGACCACAUCAUCAGCCUUGAAAGGUGCCAUCCAGCUUGGCAUCGGUUACACAGUGGGCAACCUGAGCUCCAAGCCAGAGAGAGAUGUGUUGAUGCAGGACUUCUACGUGGUGGAGAGCAUCUUCUUCCCCAGUGAAGGCAGCAAUCUCACUCCCGCCCAUCAUUUCCCGGACUUCCGCUUUAAAACUUACGCUCCUGUGGCCUUCCGCUACUUCAGAGAACUUUUUGGCAUCAGGCCGGAUGACUACCUGUACUCCCUCUGUAAUGAGCCCCUGAUCGAGCUGUCCAACCCUGGAGCCAGCGGUUCAGUCUUCUAUCUUACCAAGGAUGACGAGUUCAUCAUCAAGACUGUCAUGCACAAGGAGGCUGAGUUCUUACAGAAACUGCUGCCUGGAUACUACAUGAACUUGAAUCAGAACCCUCGCACUUUGCUGCCCAAGUUUUUCGGCCUCUACUGUGUCCAGUCGGGCGGGAAGAACAUCCGCGUGGUGGUGAUGAACAACGUCCUGCCCCGCGUGGUUCGCAUGCACCUCAAAUACGACCUGAAGGGCUCCACCUACAAGAGACGAGCGUCCAAGAAGGAGAGGGAGAAGGCGAGGCCCACCUUUAAGGACCUGGACUUCAUGCAGGACCUUCAGGAUGGACUGAUGCUGGACCAGGACACUUACAACGCGCUGGUCAAGACUCUACAGAGAGACUGCCUGGUGCUGGAAAGCUUUAAGAUCAUGGACUACAGCUUGCUGCUCGGGGUCCACAACAUGGACCAGGCGGAGAGGGAGAGGCAGAUGGAGGGAUCCCAGGGCGACAGCGACGAGAAGAGGCCCGUGGCCCAGCAGAAAGCUCUGUACUCCACAGCCAUGGAGUCCAUCCAGGGAGGAGCAGCCUGCGGAGGCUCCAUCGACACCGACGACACGAUGGGCGGUAUUCCAGCUGUUAAUGGAAAAGGGGAAAGACUUCUUCUCUACAUCGGAAUCAUCGACAUCUUGCAGUCCUACAGGCUAAUCAAGAAACUGGAGCACACGUGGAAGGCUUUGGUUCAUGACGGAGACACCGUAUCGGUCCACCGGCCGGGCUUCUACGCCGAUAGGUUCUUCAAGUUCAUGAGCAGCACGGUUUUCAAGAAGAGCUCCUCUCUGAAGUCCUCUCCAUCCAAGAAGGGUCGUGUGUCACUGACGGUGCCAAAGUGUGGCGGUCCGGGUGCCGCCUGGUCAGCCAGCCAGCUGCCCUGCGAGAGAGACGAGAAUAUCUACGACCUGAGAGGAGCUCGCAGCUUCCCGACACUGGAGGACGAGGGGCGGCCAGAUCUUCUUCCAUGCACUCCUCCAUCUUUCGAGGAGGCCACCACAGCAUCCAUCGCCACCACUCUCUCUUCCACCACCUCCCUGUCCAUCCCUGAGAGAUCUCCCUCCGACACAGCCGAGCACCCCCGCUACAGGAGGCACACCCAGUCUCUCAGCCACGACGGAAGGACCCAGGAGGAGCUUCGUGUGCGCGAGGAGGACCAGCAGACCAUCACGGUGGAGGUGGAGCUGAAGAGACACGACAGCGAGCCCACCAUCUCUGUCCCGCAGCCUUUACCUGAAACUAGUGAGGUCCAGGAAGCCGCCGGUGCCGAGGCUCCAGACGCCGCUGCAGCAGAACCUUCUGCUUCUUCGUCAGCACCUGAAGCGGCCUCGUCCUCCUCCUCGUCCGCCCCAGCUGCUCCCUCCUCUCCCGGGCCGGCCGAGGAGGCCCCGUCGAGUCCCAAGGUGGUGGUGGAAGCCGACAGGGCCAGCCAGGUGUCCGGCUCAGGGUGCACCAGCCAGGCUUCAGUCGAUGACGACGAUGACGUGCCAAUCACAGAUAUCUACUUUUAAACCCUGUUCUCUGGCAGAGAGGAGUGAACGUCUCGGUGGAGAGGACUCGCCAGUCUGAAGUCCAGACCUCAGUGGUAGCAGCGCGAUCUCUGUCUGAACCAGGAUUUUUAACAUGCAUACAGAAACACACUGAGAGGAAAAAGUGACUUGAGAACCAGAGGGGGAUUCAAAAAAAAAAUAACAAAAAGAAAAACAAACCCGACAGUGAGGACGUCACUGAUUUCCAACCAUCCCUGCCUUUCACCCUCGACCCUUGAAAUUUAUUAUAUCGAUUUAAUAAUUCUGUGUAUGUGUGACAUCGUGCGUAUAAGGCUGCGGUCUUAUAUGUUUGACUUACUGUUUGUUCUGUUUCACGCAAGCACAGCCCUCCAACAGACUUCAAACUGCUGAAUCCGCAGAGCAGCACACGCAGCUGUGAAGUGAGCGGAGCUGCUGGUUCUGGAAACGCCCCCACGUCCAUUUUUACUAAUCAUAUGCUCGGUUGUUGCUUAACAUGGAAACACAGCAGCUCAGGAGGUCUCUGAAACCUGCAUGGCCAGCAGCCUUUGUUGGUGGAUUCAUGAGUUUCAAGAUGCUUCGCUGCAGGAAUACUGUUAAAGUUUUGGUAGAAGAGUUGAUGUUGGUCCUCAUGAGAUCAAAUAAAACCGUGUCCAGCUUAUAAUUGGUGGUCAAACAUGCAAAAUUUCUACGUUUAAGCUGCCGAUUGUAUCAUCAUGUAACAGAAUUUUAAAGCUUUUAGGUUUAAAUGAAUGUCUGUCACAUUCAAGCCGAGGUUACACAAUACCGAUUAAGCCCGUCAACAUCAUGUAAAUCUUCAUGUGUUUCACAAUCGGGCGUCUGUAGUGACAUUCCUGCACAUUAAUUUUACAUCAACCAGCAAUGAUUAGUUUGCCAGAAAUGAAGAGAGGAGCAGCCAAAGUGACACAGAAGAGAAUGGAGGGAAAAAAAAACUUAGGAAGCAUCCAAGAAAAGUUUAUUCUGCUCCAGAUUGUUUUUAAAAGGAAAAGAAUGUGAUCGAUGGCCAAGACGAACACUGUCAACAGUGUUUGUUUGAUUUUUUUCACUGCCAGAAAGGAGAGACAAAUGUUCCACUGCAGGUUUGAACGGAUCGGUGACGGAAUGUAACUGAGUACAUUUACUCAAGUAUUGUCCUAAAUACAAAUUCAAGGUACUUUUCAUACCAUUUUCUACAUUUAUUCCAUCACAUCUCAGAGGGAAAUAUUGUACUUUUUUUUUACUCUAAAGCAUUUAUCUGGCAGCUUUAGUGACUUUACAUUAGAUUUUUUUGCACACAAACUAUAUGAACAACACUGAAAUGACAUCUGAGCUUUUUAAAUGAAGCUGCUCAACAAUUUAUUUGAAGGUAAAGAUGACAUGAUUAGUCGAUUAAUCAACUAGUUGUUCAUCGCUCAGAGGACUUGUGGCAGGAUUCGUUGUUAUUUUCAGAAACAAUCACUUAAUAGGAAAUAAUCAGCAGAUGAAUUCAUAUUGAUAAACUUCAUUAGUUCCAAAUGAGCUCAAACAAAAACAACCUUAAAUUUCUGCUUCUACAUUCAAUCAUGAGUAAUAACAAUAAUCCUGUGAUACAUUAUACAACAGUCUACCAGUUACAGGAGAUGUUUUUUCUGUAUGAAGUGCUUUUAAUACAUUUUUGUCAUAGUAACUUUUACACUGCAGGUGUAACAGAGUACUUUUACAGUAUUAGUACUUUUUCUUAAGUCAAGGACAAAUACUUCCUCUACCACUGGAUUGGAUGCUUCUUACUGAAAUGCACCUUGGGAACUGUAGUUCACUUUUACAUUUUUAUGGGCUUUUUUGUCAAAGGACGCAAAUGUUCAUGUUUUGUAUCAAUGAUUCAAGAGACUUUCUUGUCCAUCUAAGCCACCUCCAACUGUGAGUCCGUUUAAUUCUCAGCGCAGAAAAUAAUGGGCCAAAGUAGCUCCGCUCACCUCACAGCUCUGUAUAAAGCAAACCAACCCUCAUUGCUACUGAGCCUGUAUGCAGUACAGGCAGAUUCCAGGCUGUUGGAGGACUCUGCUCGUGCUCACAGAACACACGUUUGAAUUAAAACCAUCGUUGAGCCAAUCAAAGCCGAACAUCCGGACGUCUCCGUCACGCUCACGUUUCUAGUAGUGAAAAUAUGCAGUUUAGUUUAUCGAAGAAAGAAUGAAAUCAUUUGCUUUAGUGAAUAUAUAGAGAAGUUGUUGGAUUUACAGCAGCGUAAUUUAUAACUUACAUGUUUUUUGCUACAUUUGUUUGUUUUGUUUUUUUUUUAUUUCUGAACUUUUCUGCUUUAUUUAUUCGUCUGUUUCUACUUUAUUGUAAUAUUCACCGUUAUUUUUCACUCUGAAAUGCAGAAAAGGAAAAAAAACGUUUUCUAUUUGCAUCCAAAGAACUUUACUUUUUGAUAAUUUCUUCACUGAAGCUUUUUUUUCUUUCUUUCUUUCUUUUAACAUCCAGUGUUUGUAAAGUCAGUGUUACGGUAUUUUUCACUACAACCCCGUGUUGAACCAUCUCUUGCCUUCGAAAUAGAAGGCAUCAAUUCCAACACUAAGGCAGCAGACAUUGUCAUUACAGUAAUCUUCACAUCAUUGCAAUGUCUUCCAGUGUUGCCCUCGUUUUUGGACAGAUGCACACAAGUCAUUUUUAGGAUUUCACUUCUUUUCUUUUUUUUUUUAUUUCAAGUGGGAAAAUAAUCAGCAUAUCAGUGACAUUUGCUACAUCUGGUCGCCGUCGCCUCCUCACAAUAAGAAAUCCAUCGACCGGACGUUCCAAAUGUUUGUAGAUGUAGAGCAUCAGUCGUAGUAUUUGCAGUCAAUAUCGUACCCGUUGUGUGUGUGUGUGUAUUUGAAUGAACACAUUACGUGUUGAGACGCAGCAGGUUUGGGUUGAAUGUCGUUUGCACUUAUUUCAAAAGGACCUGAACAUGAACUAGUGAUAGAGGCCAAAUAAACAUGCAUCACAUUAUCCAGAAGGCAUAACUUUUUUCAGUCUUUAGAUAAGGAGUUUUCCGCUCACACGUGCUGAUAUUUAGACAGCAUUUAUUUUAGGAUCUCGUGUGUGCGUGUAUGUGCGUGCGUGUGCGUGUCGGUGAAGUCAAUCACAGUCAUCGUAGGGUUAGUGUUUACUGUCGUCUCUCUGUGGCUGACAUCUUAAAAGUUCAAACAAAACGGAUUUUUUAAAAAACUUUCAGAGCUCGUUUCUUCGGUUGGUCGGUACGUUUUCUGUGUGUGUGUGUGUGUGUGUGUGUGUGUGUGUGUUUGUGCGUAAGGGACGACGCAUCAAUGUCAAGACAUUGUAAAAUAGAAAUCAAGUUUGUCGUAAUCAGUUUGCUGUUGUUCAUCAGAUGAAGACCAUAGCAGCAAUAUUUUGUACAGUCUUGCUUUUGAGUUCGUUUUAAUUGCCUUAUUGAGAAAUUUUACAUGUCUGUCUAUUGUUUGUAUGAUUUUUUUUGUUGUUUUUUUUUUUCACUCGUGCUGUUGUAUUUAUUUUUCUUUCUCAUAGUUGUGCUCCUGAGAAUGUGUACAUAAAACUAUAAAUACAUAUAUAAAGAUAUACAAAUAUAUUUUCCAUUUGAAUCGGAGAAUAUUAUUUUUAUUUGGUUUUAUUUUUGCUGCUGGGCAAGAAAUGAUUGCAAUCUACAUAAUUUACUGUACCAUAUUCUUCAGUGUGUUUAUUGGGAUGCAGCUGCUGUAUAUUUAUGGUCUAUAAGCCACAGCUGUUUCUUUGUAUGAUAUCCAGAACUGAAAGGUUUGUGGGUUUUACUGUACAUGCAGAUCAAUAGGGAUUCUUCCAACUGUUCAGCUGUGUUGUGUACGUGUUUUCAAAUCGCUGUGUGCCCUCAUCCGAUAGGGAGAGUCCUUUACAGAGACAUAGCAUGAUUUCAAAAAUGAAUAUGCAUAUCAGAAAUGUGUAUUUAUGUAUAUCUGUGUAUAUUCAUCUAUUUAUACGUGAGGAUAAAUAGAUGGCUGUGUGUGCGUGUGUUUGGACUCAAUCAGAAUGAAUACAAAAUAAAGCAGUUCUAUGAAUUGUUGUCCAUGGA